GGAAGCGAAGAUCUCAGAAACGAUUCGUACAGCGUCGCAGUCGGAUCAUAACGUCUCGUCUUUCUCAUAAAUAUAAAAAAUACGAACAUUACAUGUGUACAUAAGAAGUUUCAUUUAUUGCAAUGAUGCCACGUAUUGUGGGCCUGCUGUUUAUAUACAGCUCCUUGAAUUUUUGUUGUUAUGGCAAUCUUGUUUUCCUUGACAAAAUUCUAAGAUGCGAGAAACCUGAUUGGUUUCGAUGUGAUAAUGACCAAUGCGUAUUAUUCACAUUUGAAUGUGAUGGAGAGGAAGAUUGUACCGAUGGAUCGGAUGAAGAUCACUGCGAAAACUUUAAUCUUACAUAUCCUCAUGACAUAAUAUGCGCCACAAAUGAAUUUAAAUGCCAAAGUAAACAUUGUAUACCAAAAGAAAAGUUCUGCGAUGCAGUGAAGGAUUGCAGUGAUGGAAGCGACGAGUAUUACGAUUGCGUGAAUGAGUUAAAGUGCGACGACAAAUUUCGGUGCAAGGAUAAACAUUGUAUAAGAAAAGAUUGGGUUUGUGACGGUAGAUACGAUUGUCCCGAUGGCAGCGAUGAAUCGAAUUGCGACAAUAAAACACUAUCUGCAAGUGAUUGUAAAAGUGCACAUAAUCGAUACUUAUGCAAAAAUCAACGAUGCAUAUUUUUUAAUGCAGUGUGCAACGGAAAAGAUGAUUGUGGCGAUGGAUCAGAUGAAGGUGCCGGUUGUAAAUCAUCUAGUUGCGCAUCGGCAAAAUGCAGUGACGAUUGCAAAAUAACACCUAGUGGCCCUGUAUGUAUCUGCAAGCCGGGUUACGAGAUUCAAGAUCGCUCGUGCACAGAUAUUGACGAGUGUCAGAUUUAUGGCAAAUGCGAUCAAGGAUGCGUGAAUACGGCAGGAUCGUACAGAUGUACCUGUGAAGCAGGUUACAUACUGCAAGAUGAUAGGAAAACAUGCAAAGCGGAUGGUGGCGAGGCUACGUUGCUAUUCUCUACAAAAACGGAGAUUCGCGCAAUAUAUCUCGAUUCUAGAAUAUAUUUUACAGCUGCGAAAAACUUGAGUCAUACUGAAAAUAUCGCUAUAAACGGGGAUUAUUUCUAUUGUUCAAACGUUAUUGAAGACAGUAUCCACACGAUUGUAAAAGGUGUUAUCGAUGGAAAACACGAAGCCAUUGUUACGGAAGGUUUGUAUUCGCUAUCGGGGAUAGCCGUAGAUUGGAUUACGGGUAAUGUAUAUUUCACCGACGAAGGUAACAAGUAUAUCGGGGUUUGCGAUAGUAACGGUACAUAUUGUACCAUAUUGAUUAAUAAUCAACAUAAACCAAAUGGAAUCGCUCUGUUACCGACUAAAGGAAUAAUGUUUUGGUGCGAUGUGGGUUUCAUCUCGCAUAUUGCAAUGGCUGGGAUGGAUGGCAAAAACAGUAGCUUAUUUAUCACUCAAAACUUAGAAUGGCCUACCAGUAUAACUAUUGACUAUCCGAAUAAUCGAUUAUAUUGGUUAGAUAAAAAGAAAAAUAUAAUCGAAUCAGUACGCUUAGACGGCACCGACCGAAGAAUCGUAUUGCACGAUAUAAUCAGAUAUCCAGUUUCCUUGGCGGUUUUUGAAAAUAAACUAUACUGGAGCGACUGGCAGGAAAAUACGAUACAAUCCUGUGAUAAGUUUACCGGAAAGAAUUGGCAGAUCGUAAUUCGAACUGACGAUACACCUUAUGGCGUACACGUAGAACAUAUGGGGAAAAAACCCAAGAUUUCAAACCCAUGUCACUCUAAUCCAUGUUCUCAAUUAUGUAUGUUAAAUCGGGAUAAAGGCUAUACAUGCGGCUGCACCAUAGAUAAAGAAUUGAAAGCUGACCAUCAUACGUGUCGAGAGGUAAAGAAGAAGCAGCACUUUAUUAUCAUCACGGAAAAUAUAUUUAUAGAUUAUUUUCACGAUUUUUUGGGAAAGUCAAAAGUGACUACGAGCACUACUGCAAGAAUUAUAACUGCAGCAACUUAUGAUUCGCUUACUGACACUAUACUUGCAAGUGAUAAGCGUUCGAAUCAUAUCAUUCGUUACGAUCCGAAAAGCGGCGUUAGCGAGAAUCUUAUACCAUUCGAGAAUAAAAUAUUGGGAGGAAUGGCGUUUGAUUAUAUCGGUAAUAACUUGUAUUUAUCGAAUAAAGAAGACAGAACUAUCGAAGUAUAUAGCUUAACAACCAAGACGAAGACGGUCUUUUAUGUUGAGGAUCGACCUGGCGAUAUUGCUUUAGCGCCUGAAGAAGGUACAAUGUUCAUCGUAUUCGAUGAAGUAGAACUCUUUCUUGGAAUACCGUCAUAUCAUAACUUUCGCUUAGAGGAAAUGAAAAUGAAUGGAAUCGGCUCGAGAAAACUAAUAAACUCGCACUUGGGAGAUGCAACGAUAUCGUUGCAUUAUGACAGGGAUAAAAAGACAUUUUUCUCGAUUGAUCAAAGUUUUGGUUAUAUCACAUCGUACCAGGAUGAAAAUCAAUAUCUUCUUCGUACCGGAUUAUCAGAGCCUAUGAGUUUUGCAAUCGCUGGAGACAAUAUAUUCUGGACGCAACGCAAUUCUAAUUUAUUAUAUUGGACAAGUUAUAAAAAUAAUGGUCGCUAUCAUCACCAGGUUAUGCUCCGUAUGCCCUUACGUGUAGAAACUCCACUUGUGAUAGGUUUGCACGAUAUUGUUACCCAUGAGAAGCACGGUUGUGAGAAAAAUAAUGGAAAUUGCUCACACGUGUGUUUGCCUUCCUCCGGUAUUUCAUUUAUUUGUGCUUGUCCUCCUGGAAUGAUGCUAAGCGCGAACAAUCGUACAUGCACUUUGCAGUCUGCGUGUCUUGCUGAUGAGGUCAAAUGCAGCGAACAUGAUAUCUGCAUAAAGCGGCAGCAGUGGUGCGACGGUACCAUAGACUGUCCAAACAGUGAAGAUGAAGCGAGCGACUGCGGCGAAACUGGUAUUUGCGAAAAAGGUCAAUUCAUGUGUAAAGAUGGCACGUGCAUCAGUUCAAAAGAUCGUUGCAAUUCGAACUACGAAUGCGCUGAUAAAUCGGACGAGGAGAAUUGCGCUACGCCGCAAUGCCGCAAUGAUGAAUUUCAAUGUCGUGACGGAGCUUGCAUAUCAAAUUCCUUAGAGUGCGAUGGGCACAACGAUUGUCUCGAUUUCUCCGAUGAGAUUAAUAAUCAUUGCAAAGAGCGUACGUGUCCUCCGAGUAAAUUUAUGUGUAAAGAUGCGAGAAAUUGCAUACCAAAGGAAUGGGAAUGCGACAGAGAGCGAGAUUGCUCGGAUGGAUCAGAUGAACAUGAGGAAUGCGUAAACAUCUGUGACGACGGAAAAUUAAAAUGUAAUAAUGGUCGUUGCAUAUCAUCUUCAUUGAAAUGCAAUGGUAUCAAUGAUUGCGGUGAUGAGACUGACGAGAAACAUUGUUUGAACAAAAAAUCUCCUAAUUGUACCGAGGAUAAAUAUUUAUGCUUCAACACUGAUAUAUGUCUCCCAAAGACAGUAAGAUGCAACGGUGUUCAAGACUGCCCGAAGAACGAUGACGAGCAUCAUUGUACGUACUGUUCCGAGGAUGAAUUUAGCUGCGACAAUAAGAGAUGCAUUCCGCAGAACUGGGUAUGUGAUAAAACCGACGAUUGCGGCGACAAAUCAGACGAGAAGGAUUGUAGUGGUAAUAAGUGGAGAAACGUUAAUGUCAACACAUCGAACAUAUGUGAAGAAUUUAAGUGCGACAUGGGCACUUGUCUGUCGUUCAGCAAAGUAUGCGACGGUAUUCGAGAUUGUCCAGAUAACAGUGAUGAAAAUGGAAAAUGCACAAGCGCUUGUGCGUACAACAAUGUCUGCAAGGAUCUGUGUUAUAAGACACCACGUGGGGGAGUCUGCGGUUGUCAAAAAGGAUAUCGUUUGGCUGCUGACAUGAUGUCAUGUGAUGAUAUGAAUGAGUGCGAUCUUGAUGUUUGCUCGCAGAUUUGUCGAAACAUUCUGGGCUCCUUUCAGUGUUCAUGCUACAAUGGAUAUGUUAUUCGCAGCGAUAGGGUUUCUUGCAAAGCCAUUGGACCGCCAAUGGAAUUAAUUACCGUUACCGAUAAUGACAUCAGGAAAAUAUCGUCGAAUUUAUUCUCAAUUGAAGCAAUCCGUUCAUUAACGGGUUUAAACGUAAUUGGUUUUGACGUAAACGCACUUGAUGAUGCUAUUUAUUGGAGUAGUGAAGAAUUGAGCACUAUUAACAAGAUUAACAUCAAAACAAACGAAAUAAGCAUAUUUACGAAUGUUGGAAAUCCGGGAGUGCUUGCAAUCGAUUGGAUCACUAAUAACAUCUAUUUUAAUGAUAACGAUCGUCCAAACAUGAUUAAGGUAUGCAGCGUGAAGCAACAAAAAUGUGCAAUUGUGGUUAAAAUUGAAGGUGUGGCAAAAGUAGCAUCCCUCAUAAUCGACCCAAAAAAUAGAUGGUUAUUCUGGAGUCAAACUACGUGGCAAGUGCAUGAUAAACCGUUCAGUGAAAUAUGUCAAGCCGAUAUGAUGGGUAACAAUAUGAAGAUAAUUGGUUUUCGGGAUAUAGGCGUCGUGAGUGGAAUGGCGAUCGAUCAUAUGAAAGCCAGAUUAUAUUGGUCGGAUAGUUUCCGCAAAACUAUCGAAUCAUCUAAUUUGGAUGGAACUCAACGCAGCACAUUUUUAAAAACAGAUAUGCACCAACCGUUAGGCGUCAACAUUUUUGAAAAUUCGCUUUAUUGGUUAAUGGGUUCAAAUGGUCCAAUGCAAAAAUGUAAGCUGUACGCUGACAAAUCGUGCGAAAUAAUAGAUAUAAGUCCGAACAAUAUUCACAAGCACUUUGCUAUUCUACAUGUUUCCAGACAUCCUCUCGUUGAGAAUCUUUGUGAAAAACUGAACUGCGACUAUAUGUGCGUUUUAAAAGCUAACGAUGCGGCAUGCAUUUGUCAAGACGGUAAAUCGAUAGCAUCUAAUAGCACUUGCACGAAAGUACUUACGAAUAAUGAAAUAAAAGUCGCUACAAGUCGCACCAACAUCUCAAAAAUGCGAUAUCAGGGUGGAAUUUAUACCAUAACAAUAAUUACAUUACUGAUUAUUUUUUCGUCAUUGUGCAUUUAUUACUACUAUCAAAAAAGCAAAUUAAAGUUGAAAACAUUGAAUGAUCUCAACAGCAUUCGCUUUCAUAAUCCAUCAUAUGAUCGAAGAGAUGAGGUUGCGGUAACACUUAGUUCUAUAGCUCCAAAUAUAUCUCCCGGACAGCAUGAAUAUAUUAAUCCUAUCGAUGAUAAGUUAUUAAAGAGUGCGAUGGAAAGUAGUAUGAAGAGGUCAGAACGAAAUUUGUGCGAAUCGGAAAAAGAAGAUGAAGAGAAACAAAAUACAUGUUUAAUUUCUUUCACACGAUCAAAAUAAUUUAAUCCAAAUCAAAUAAUAUUUAAAAGUCAAAAUUAAAGUUAAAGAAUGUUGUUCAUACGAUAAUAGAAGAUUUCUUAAUGAUUGAUAUUAUAAAUAUCAAGACACUAUGUCAAUAAACAUGUCUAAUAUUAUAUAUAUAGCGAUAUAUGUAUAUAUUAGUAAUAUGUCUGCUAUGUAUCUCAAGCGUACUUAAUCAUUAUAUAGUAUCAAAUAUGAUUUGAUAUGGAUAUAACUUUAAAUUCGUAUGGCUUUUAGCCUAAAUACUGCCAUUCUGCAUUUAGUAAAUGCUCGGAAAAAAUAUUAUAUAAAGUAUUGUGAAAAUACAUUUAUAUUUAUAAACGUUAAUUUUUACAUAUUUCAUUUUAAGUAUGCAUUAAAUUUAAACUUGAUCAUGCAAUUAUACAAUUAAAUCAUAAUUUUUAGAUAGAGCUAAAUGCUGUCAGAAAAUUUGUACAUACAUUUAUUUAUAUCAAUAUGUAAAUUUUAUACAUUCAUAUAUACCCAUAUAUUAUUUGCU